UGACACUGGCAAUACUCGUAUUAUUCAUGUAAAGGAUUGAGAAACCAAUACAAUUUUUAAUUUCCAAAAUGAAAAAGUUCUUGGUUUUACUGCAAUUAUUUGCAUCCGCACUUUUACUCCUGAUUGGCCCAAGUUCCGGGCAGCUUCUUCAGGCAAGGUCCGAAGCAAGCAAAACCCUUCCAUUUGUGAGGACUAGCAGUAAAAGUGGGGACAUUCGAAAUGAUCCAAGUCUGCCCUGGCGUCUUCCACAGAACAUCAAGCCCAGUCGAUAUGAAGUCGAUCUCAUUCCCAUUUUGGACGAAGACGUCGAGGGUCUCGGUGUGCGGUGGACGGUCCCAGGUUCUGUAAAAAUCCACCUCGCCGCACAUGACCAACCCACCAACAGGAUCAUUUUGCACGUCAAUGACAUCCAAUUAAUGACCAGCGAAACUACACUCAACAAGUUGGACGAUAAUUCCAUCGUGAAAAUUCUGGGCAUGACUCUGAAUCAAACUACCAAUUUCUUGACACUAGAAUUGGAGAAAGAUUUGGAAAUUAAUGUUCCUUACGUUCUGAGAUUUAUUUUUGUAUCUCAACUUCGAGAAGAGUUUCAUGGAAUGUAUAGAAGUAGCUACAUUGAUCCCGAGACAAAUGCAACAAAAUGGAUUGCCAUUACUCAAAUGGAAGCGUUGCAUGCCCGUGAAUUGUUUCCUUGCUUUGACGAGCCGAGUUUUAAGGCUGUAUUUAGCACGAAAAUUGGUCGGAAAGACGAUCAAAUUGCUCUGACAAAUGGUCCUUCCAUCGGAAAUGAAUCUAUACCACAUUUUCCAGGUUGGACUUGGGAGACAUUUGGUGACACGGUCCCAAUGUCAACUUAUCUCUUUGCAGCAGUGAUUUCUGAGUACGGCUAUUCUGAAGCACCGAGCACAAUCCUUCCAGAUACAGUGGUUCGAACUUAUGCACCAAAGCAUCAUAUUCAACGGCAAGGUGGUGUCUAUCCAUCAGAAAAAGCUGCCCUUAUACUCAAAGACUUUGAGACAAGAUUUGGGCAGAAAUAUCCCUUGGCUAAAAUGGACUUGGCCUCAGUCACAGACUUUACCUUUGGAGCAAUGGAAAACUUUGGCCUUAAUAUUUACCAGCAACAACUUUUAUUGCUUUUCUCUGAUGAAACUACUGAAAAUGAACGAGGACGUUUGACUCAAAUUCUUGCGCAUGAAUUGGCACAUCAAUGGUUUGGGAAUUUGGUUUCUCCAGGAUGGUGGACAUAUAUUUGGCUGAACGAGGGAAUUUCAACAUUCGUCCAAUUUGUUGGGUUAGAGGCUGUGGUACCUGAGUUCAAAUCUUGGGAUUUAUUUAUCGACUUGACUCUACAACGUGCCCUGGCUUAUGAUGCCAUUCAGGCAACUAGCCACCCCCUCAAGAUCCCCGAAGAGAGAUGGGCUCAGCAAGACGCAAUGUCGUGGUUCGACGUAAUCGCUUAUCAAAAGGGUGGCAGCAUUGCAAGAAUGAUGGAAGGAUUUUUAACCCCACCUGUAUUUCUACAAGGGCUUAAGACAUAUCAAGAAAACAAAUACCUUCAAGAUGCAGUUCAGGACGACUUAUUCGAAGCUUUGGAUGUACACGCCACAGGGAAAUUACCCGCUAAUACGAAUGUAAGUCAAGUGAUGUCAGGAUGGACACUACAAUCUGGAUUCCCAUUGUUACAAGUGUCUGUCAACGACGCAAAUAAAAUUGAUGUCACUCAGACAAAAUACAAGGAGCCCAAUUCUCCUGAUAUUUGGGUAGUUCCUGUGUCGGUGGCAAGCAAAGAUAAUCCUGAGUUUGGAGCAGAGCCGGAGUAUUGGCUAACGGGAAAAGCUUUGACUCUAAAUGAAGCCGCAGAUAAAUGGGUGAUUCUUAAUGCAGGGUUGACAGGAUACUAUCGAGUUCUAUACAACGAUGCACUCGAAAGAUUAAUUCUAGAGCAGUUACAACAGGACCAUGACGUUAUCCAUUCCCAUUCUAGGAGCCAAUUGUUAGACGAUUAUUUCAACUUUGUUUGGGAUGGACAAUCUGGCGUCGUCAUACAGCAAGCACUUGCCUUCACAAAGUACAUGUCGACCAAGGCAGAGACAGAAAUGGUCGUGUGGACUCCACUCCUCAAACAUUUGGAGCACUACCUCAACACGUUUGGUGGCACAGGAAUGCUCGAAGAUCUGAAGGCUUAUCUUCUUCCACGAAUCAAGGCUUCAAUCACAGCUUCCGGAGGUUAUGACAAAAUCGAUCAGAACUCAAAAGGUAUUGACGUAAUGAGCCAUACCCAACUGCUGGACUGGGCUUGUGCAUUGGAUGAUCCUGAUUGCCUUGCUUAUGCUGCAACUUCCAUUGACACGUGGAAAACGGACAUUAGAAACAAUCCAAUCAAUCGCGACCUGAAGCCAGUGCUGUACUGCGCUGCAACACGCAAGGAUAAGUCCUACGGAGAAUUCCUGAGGACAGAAUACAGUGGAACGACAAAUGGGCUUAGUCCUGCACAGAAGACGCUCUUGCUCCGAGCAUUUCACUGCAUUGACGACGGUCCGAUGAUUCGCACGCUUCUUGAAGAGACUUUAACCGAGAACUUAUUCAAGACCAAAGCUGAUGCUGCCACAUUUCUUCAAUCGUUGGCUUCAAAUUACAAGGUGCGAGACCAUCUAGUUUCAUUCAUCAUGGAAAAGACGGCCGACAUUAUGACUUGGUUUGGAGCUGAUACUGGUAAAUCUGUGUUGACUUCGGUUGUGUCAUCGUUAAGCAAUUUUAUGAGUACCACCAGCGAGCUGGAGCAGAUUGAGACGUUUGCGUCUGAAAAUGAGAACAUCUUCAAUGGAGCCCUGAAUACUUACAUUAAUAAAAUUAAGGGCAACAUUGACCUCAUCGAGAAAUUUGGAAAACCGAUGCAACAAUUUUUCAAAGACAAUCCCGUAAAUAACAGUGGUAAUUCUAUUGCUACCUUUAAUUAUCUUUUUAUUACGUUCGCUUUAAGUUUUGUUUUGCGAUUGUUGUAAAAUUACAUGUACAAAUGAUAAGCCGUGGUUAUUAAAUCUUUUUCUUUAAAGAAUCA